AUGAUCAAUAUUUCGAAUCUUCCAAGGGAUUUGGUGGAAGAGAGUUUUUCUCGCGUUCCUUUGACAUCUACGAGAGCAGUGCGAUCUACUUGCAAAAGGUGGAACACUUUAUCCAAAGAUGAGGGUUUUACAAGAAAGUAUCUUGUUCAAGCAGCAGCAACAGCAGCAAAGGAAGGGGAGUUCCUGGCGAUCAUGUUUAUAAAUCUUAGUCUUUAUGUAAUGAACGUCAAUCUUCAUGGAAUCUACACCGACUCUUCUGAUCCAUUUGUAAAGCCUGUAGGUAAACUAAUCAGCCUUAACGAUUCAGAUCAACUCCAAUUCAUUCAAAUAUGUCAUUGUGAGGGUUUGGUGUUAUGCACCACAAACGACUACACUAAGCUGGUUGUUUGGAACCCAUAUACGGGGCAUAAAACUCGAUGGAUCUGCGUCGAACCCAACUCUGUUCAUCUCUGGUGGAGAGGGUAUUUUCAUGCUCUCGGAUACGACAAUAGCAAAUCGUGUCGCGCCUAUAAAAUCUUGAGAUUUACUCAUACGCCCGGAGAGAGCCCUGUGCACGAAAUCUUCGAGUUCAAAUCCAAUUCAUGGAAGGUUCUUGAUGUUACUCCAGACUGGUGUAUAUUGAGUAACGGCUUGACUUUGAAGGGAAAUACGUAUUGGUUUGCUACAAAUAAUAAAUUACGAGAACAUGUCCCUAAUUUCUUACUCUGUUUUGAUUUUACUAAAGAGAGAUUUGGACCGCGUUUGCAUCUUCCUUUUCCCUCUAUUUUCGACGAUCAUGUGAAUUUAUCUUCUCUUAGAGAAGAGCAGCUUGCCGUGUUAUAUCAAAGAACUGAUAGAUGUGAAAUGGAGGUUUGGAUUACCACUAUGAUCGAACCCGAUGCUGUGUCCUGGAGCAAGUUCUUAGCUGUCGAUAUGUAUCCACUCAUUGGUGUUCGGUUUUAUCCUUGUGGGGUCGUUUUUGAUGAAGAUAAAGAUAUAUCACGACCCUGCGACAUAGCUAUAGCUUACAUCAUUGGAGAAAAUGGUUACUUCAGAAAAGUGGAUCUCGGAGAAAUCACAACAUACAUAGUGGGUUUCCCUCUCGCAUGCUCUUAUGUCCCAAGCUCAGUGCAAAUCGACCAACCUGCAUAA